GUGCUCUCAUCCCUGUGUCUACUAGUAAUUGACCUAGCAUUUAAUUAUUAUACGCAUCGGAGUUUAUCACGAAUCCACAUGCACGAGCAAGGUGAACAAAGACACAUGCGUGCUGGACAAAGAGCCACGAGAAUUCUGUGAAUGUGAGUUUGGCAUAAACAUCUCAAGCACCGAACUUACAAUUGACGUAUCCACAUAUGACUGACAUCACCACUGGACACGAUAUCUGAGGAUCUUUAAUCCUCGAUACUUUGCCGCAAAGAGGAGAAAUGCCUCGACGUAAAGGAAAGACCGCUGAGUACGGCUACGGCCUAACCAUGCAGCCAGGAAAUAUGGACGCUCAGCACCAAAUGCGACUCCUCUUUGGACAGAUGGACAACCCAAUGAUGAUGCCCAUGCAGAUGCCCAUCCUAAUACCUUCGACAACCAGCGCAGCGACGGCAGUCAGCAGCGCGGCAAAAACGUCAGACAAAGACAAGGACAAAGACAAAUCGAAAGGUCUUGAGCCUGUCACCUUACCCGGGUACUCCAUGCCGGGUAUGUCGCCAUAUCCUUAUGGUAUGUUCCCCUACACAGCGGGAAUGUCACCGAUGCAAAUGCCGCUCAUGCUACCCAUGGGUGCUAGCCCAUUUAUGCCGUAUAACCUCUUCCCAUACCCGGGUAUGGUAACUCCUAAGAACUCGGACGCAAAAUCGGGCACAGCUUUGCUAAAGGAACUUUCCAAUAACUCUAAAAAGGCACAUGGUGGGAAAGGUUCCCCCGGCCCUGCUAAGAAUACAACGAAUAAACAAAGUUCUUCCUUUGAGCGAGGGCCUGACGUAAGAGCAAGACAUUCACCCCUUCCCACAACUGCUGCUGAUGGCAAAAAGUUCUCGGACAUUGUUCAGUCGGCUAUAAUGGAGGGUUUCCGGGAGACAGAGAAGGACAAAAGGCGGGAUAAGGAGAAAUACAAAAUUCCGAAAUCCCACGAUGCCCCGUUGGACUUUACCACUAAGCCCAGGGCUAGCCAGGUACGUGAGCCACCGAGGAAGCCGAAGGAGAGACCGAAACAUGAAGAAUAUCUCCAUCUUCUGCAAAAGACUUCUCUUCACCAUAAACAGGUGAAAGAAAAAGAUAAAACAAACACUGCAAAGCUGAAAAUAGAAGCGUUGAUUGACUUUGGGCCAAAGAAGCCAACAUUGUCAAACUUGAAAUUGAAUCUUGAAAAGGAGUUAGAGGAAAAUAUCAAGGCGUCGACUUUCAGCGCAGGAUCGGAGCGUUAUAACUUCUCCCCUGAUACAACGUUUAGGGGUGACGAGCGUAAGAAUUGGUAUCAUGGUGAACACAGAGGAAAACAAACACUAGACCCAAGGGACACAUUCCAUAAAACUGACCGUUAUAAAAGCGCAAAUCUUACAAAGAAGCUUAGCCGAGACAUGGGGUUGUAUCCAGGAGAAAUCCCAAAACAUUUUGGGGAUAAUCUGACUCUGUCCUCUGAGAGAGACUUUGAAGAUUCCGAUGUCUUGAGAGGCGAAGCCCAUCAGGUCCGACUAGCACGAUACAAUGCCCAGCGCCUUCGCAUGAAUUCCUUCUACAAGUCCGAUAGCUAUACCUACGUUGAGCAAGUGGAACCAGAUUCUACAGGUGACCUGCAGGACGAACCGGGGGAGAUAAGUCCAAAAGUUAAGUUCGAGCGUAUGGAUCAGGAACGUAAAUCAAAAUCAUCACCUGAUCUUUUCAAAGAGUCGAUAUUUCCAGCGACGGGACCACCAGCGAAGCGACCACGUGUUGAAUCCCCGCUUGUUAGGCCUCCUCAACAUUCUAGUUUACAGGACCUCAAGGUUGAUAGUUCGGAUGUUGGGUCGGAGAGGACGGACUUGUCCCCGCCAGCAAAGGAUAACACAGUCCGUGACAAGAUUCUGAGCUAUAUCAAGUCAAGGUCAAAGCGCAAACGCGACGUGUCUCCCAUUCCAACUCUACUGCCAGACAUGCCUGUGCAGGACCUAAAACUACAGCCAGGCUUGUCUAUAGUCGAUUCGUGGAAGCACCAGCUUGCUCCGAGUCUUGAGACAACUGCCCAGGCAACAUUGGAAGAGAUGGUUCUGCAGCAUUGGCGUCAGAGCUUGGCUAACGAUUAUUAUCAGGCUUCCUCUGUUGCUAAGAACUUUAAGGACAUAUCCGAAAGUGCCGUUGGGUCUUUGGACGUUGUAACGAAGGCAGACAAGGAGAGAUUUCAAGAACAACUUGACCUAGAACCGGGUGAAGUGUAUCGGCCUGGUAAAUUGAGUGUAUCCCCCAAAAAAGGUAGUCCGAUUCCCAAGAAAAGCCGCACCCCAUCACCGCAUUGUCAAUCCCUGCUUACUGUUGACCCUGACAGAUCUGGAAGUACAGUUUUCAAACCAGAAUCACGAAGUCCACCGCCGAUUCUCACUGACACGACUGUGAAGGUCACCAACACUGGAAUACCUGGCAGUAGCAGAAGCAACGUCGUAAAGAAGGAUAUCAAAAGGAAAACUGAUAGCCCUUUCAGUAUUUUGGAUAUCAUGGGUGAUUUGGGUAAGUCAAUUCCAAGUGUUUGCAACGAAGUUCCCGAAACGCCAGCUGUGGAACAGGUGAAAACGGCACCGGCGUUGUUCGCUACAGAUUUCAAGUCAAGCGAAGUCGGGCCCAUAACCGACACACUUAGCUCUCCUGAAAGUCUCAAUGGGUCGUCAAGUGAGGCAGAAAAGGACCAUACUUUGCUGUGUUUAUCUCCCAAACCGUGUCUUUCAUUUUCUGACUCCGACACUUCAAUGAAAAGUAAGAAGCACCGCUGUGACGAUGAUGCCAAUACUGUGUCAGCAGAAUUUGCCCUGGAAGCUGUGAAAGCUUUGGACUGUUUGGCCAAUCUUACAUCGAUACCGAGUAGCACUCCAGCAGAGAAAACCAAAGUUGACGUAGAUGUGCCAAGUGAGGCAAGUAUGCAGUCAGAGCCCUUAAAGAGUGGUCAAGCGUUCACUUCGAUUGGACGGUUCAGUGCAAAAUCAGUUAAGAAGUACAACAGGAAACUAAAGAAACGUCGAAAGAAACUAAAAUCCUUGUCACAAAAGAACACCAUGAGCAAACAACUGCAGCCUCCAGGAGAUCCGGAUAUGUCAGUGAUGGCGUGCACAGAUAUAUCCAAUGUUAAUCUACCGAAGGAUUUGGCAUUUACUGGAUUAUUUACCGACAAAAACAAAGCAAAUAUGCCAGCCAAUGGCUCAGUUCACCAUCGGGGACGGGGCAGACCACCGAAAAAUAGGUCAAGUGGGUUCAGUUUUGGUGAGAAGAGGCGGAAGCCUGGUCGACCUUCUAAGGUGAAGGGUGAUCAAAAGAAGGCCGCAGCAUUGUCUAAAAGUGUCAACACGGCCGGGAAUGUGACAGUGGCAGAUUCUAAUCUUGGUGUGGAACAGCCACAGAGGAAGAAGCGAUCUCCUCUGUUUUAUGGUUGUAAUUAUAAUGACACUUUACUGAUUAGCGCACUGAGGAUUAAACUUCCGAAAAGUGAGAAAAAGUUGAAGAAGAAAAUUGUCAAGGAUGACUCGGCACCGAAGCAAUGCGAAGGCCAACUUACAACCGCACCUGACAUAAAGGAAUCGAACAUUUCAGAGACUGUGACAGUAAAUGCGGAUUUGGCGUCAUCUGAUUUGUUAGAAAAUGUUGCCCUGAGUACGCUGAGACAAACAAAGGAAUGUUCCGUGCUCCUCAAAGACGUGUCAUCCUAUUUGACCGAGGAGAAAAAUAUGAAUGUCAGGGAAUCGCCGUUCUCAGAACGUACGGAGUCUGAGAAGGAGAAUAAGGAAGAAGGGUCAAGUGGUGCUGGCAGUAGGUGUGAGUCUCCAGUCAGGGUGUUCAGUCGGCCCCAGGUUGCAAAGCGGAGUAAGCCUUGGACGACGAAGCAGAACUUAGCUGGGAACAGGUUAGUCUUAAGGAGAGAUCCAUUAAAGAAUGGAUACUUUGUCAAGUAUUCAGAUGCUUUGAGAGAGGAGUCUGAAAAAUUGGGACCAAAUGAGAUUUCGUGUGACACCAUAGAUAACGUAGUAAACUCCAUUGUGUGUACACCAUCAUCAUCACAAGAUGGUGAUUCUAGUGAAUUCCUAGUGGAGUCUGAAGAAUCGCAAAAUGUUGAAAACGAUGACGAUGACGUGUUUGAAAGUUGCCCUAAGCCUGAUGAUUCUGAGUGCGCUAAAUGUGAAUUAGAAGUGGAGAAAAAACCAUCCUUGGUUGACCGAUUCAAAGCUACUUUACUACGUGAGAUAAGCGGCCAGGCAAGGCGGGGAAUGUCGCAAAGGUCAAGGUCUACUGAUGACCUCACUGAAAUCAAAUCAAAAAAGCAGAAACCAAAACAGUUGAAAAAUCAGGUAAAAAUUGUCGUUGAUUUGUAUAAAAAUGGUUCGGCUGCCCCUCCAAGUGAACGGGAGGAACGGGUUACUGCGUUAAAGGAGAGAUUGAAGUUACAGCAGGCUGCAGUGGCUGAGAUUCAAUGGAAGAUGCUAGAGAGUGGUGCUCAGUCGGAAUAAUGUGAUUUCUUGUGUCAAACAGAAAAAUAAUGCAUUUUUAGUGUAAAUGUUAUGCAGACGUACCUUUAGCCUAUCAGCCCGUUCAUUUUGGCAGUCUGUCGAAAGCUUUGACGACAAAUGAGGUAAAUUGAUAUCUUACAAGAUUUAUUUAAAGUCGAAAUUGUGUUUCUAUUGUUUCGCGUUAUUCUGUUCUGUUAUUUCAAUAAUUAUUGGAUUUUUGAUUGGCGAUUUAAGUUUAAAAGGGAAAAAGACAUCUUGCAGGAGCGUUAGAAUGUGAAUUAUAAUCUGCCACAGAAUUGCACUGCCGCUAUUAUACGUUCACAGAGAAGUGAUCAGUCAUUAGAAGAUACAUAGGUUAACACUACGUAGAAAAGGGUGAUUUAGGGCAAGCGUUGUCAAACCCGUAUAUGUAUACUUAUUAAGGACAUUCCCUAGAUACUUGUAUGUUUUAUUAGCCAUCAAACAGAGAUAGCAUUUAUUGGUAUUAUAUUAUCAGAACGGCACCAGCGAGUGGAGUUCGGAUCCAAAAAAUGUGUUAAGUAUAGGGCCAUGUAAAGUACUGUCGUGUAAAUACGAUUGGUUUGAAGAGACAAAGGUCAAUGUGUGACGGAUAGAAUGUUUGAUCAUCUGCUCUGUAAGGAUGAAAUGUAAGAUAAUAAAAAAGAUAGAAGAAAACUAGGACAAUCAUUUUGAUAUCUAUGGCUAUGACCAUCCUUAGUCGAUAUGUUUAUAUUUCAUCCUGAAAGUGUAGACAAAAGUAAUAUGCAGAAGGUUAUUUGUGCCGAUCGCCCAUGUAUUAUUUUGUAAGCAAUAGGCAACAUACAACUAUUUACCAAUCAUACCAUGUGAUCGUCAAACCAUUUCAUAUUUUUAUACAGAAAUGUUAUAGCUAAGAGAUACUAGCCAAUCAGCAUCGCUUCUCAAACCCGAGUUAGGCCAAACCGAGGACGUUCGGUCUGGCAGCUCCGGUUACAUCAACAUUCCACUUUUUGAUACAACAACUGUACAUACUAGAUGUGCUAGUUUUUGGGACCAAAGAAGCAUUUGCAGUUUUCCUCUCCGAAAAGCUAAUCAGGGUGUGGAAUGUUUAAUACAAUUUAGAUGAGAUGUUGUAGACGUUAUGAUAGCAUGGGAGGCUAUUGUAGAGUAAUCAUAUAUGACCCCCUCAAUGCACGGGCUCGUAAGAGAAGACUGAAACGAGGUGCCUUCGCUGAUCGCUUAGAGUUACACCAUAAUUCAAUAUAGUGUAUUUAGAAGAAAGGGAAAUGCACUCUACAUCCUAGGAGUCUGUCUGACGGUUGGGGUGGGAACUGCCAGUUGACCUCCUUUUAUAGGCGACUUGAGUUCGUAUACAGCAUUAUCAAGCAUCAAUGCAUGUCGUAAUGUUUCCGUCGGACUGAUGGGAUAUUGUUACCCUGCAAAUGUUUCUUUGGUUUCAUGAUGAGAGGACCCGUAUUCUCCGAACUAUAUCUUCCAAUAAUACACAAUCCAUGCAACUCCCUAGCAAUCUUGCUUUAACCGGAUAUGUGCCAUCACGAGUACUUUAUUCUGAUUUAAUGAUAUCUGACAUGUUGGCCAGUUCCGAUUUGCCAUUUGACUUGAUUACGACAUUAUCCAUACUUUUUCAAAUACCGCAAUGGUUUUAAAAGGCAGACAAGAAAAUCUUCGGGAUCUUGUCGCUGGCAGUUUUUCUCUUUAGUCCUUUUCGUGUCGUGGUUGUAGCUUCCAACCAACAAAAGAAGGAAUUAUCAUGCCAGAUCACUAUCCUAACCAUUCCGCCUGUAGAAGACAAUGCGUGUAUGCUUCUAACUGCCGUUUACCUAUGGCAUCAAAAUCGGGAAAGGUGCAUAGCCAGGCAAAGCAAGAUGACUAUCCAUACACAAGCCGUCUAUAAUACAAAAUGUAAUUUGUAUAUCAAUCAUGCAAACAUAGUGUCAGUAUUCAAUGUUUAGUCCUAUGUACAUAGAUACCUCAUUUAUGUUGUAUUUUUCUUCCAGCGUGCUAUAUGAUACACAUUUCAGAUCAUGAUGGGGUUACAGACUCUGCUUAUCCAAGUGAUGGAGCCAGGCGUGUCUCAUAAUGACAUUGUGUAAACGGAUGUACACGCCUGUUUCAAUUUUCAAAUCCGCGCAUUCUCUACAUUACAUAGUUGUUGUUAGUUUUUCGCGUUUUAGUUAGCUGUCGUUUUGUUAGAGAAGAUGAAUAUUCGUGUGGGAGUCUGAACCAAAUCUGUGUAACUGUAUGUUAAACUGCACGAAAUCGAUGUGGAUAUCUGCCCAGGUUUCGAUUCCUUGUUCAUUUAGUCCCUACCUCCAUUCAAAUUACCUCUGAACUAAAUUGGCCGUACGUUGAUUUGUUUCUGUCUUUGUUUGUUUUUGGUUAACUCUCAAUGCUUAGACUACACACAACAUAUGAUUUGUUUUCUGUAAUUCUCGAAUCUGUUUAUUGAAAUCUUUUUCAUGACUACCGAAUACGGUAUAUGCUAGGAAAUUGGUACUAAUUUCGCCUCAGGGUGGUCGGAAAUAUUUGUAAUAGCCAGUUGGUGAAGUUUCUGAUCUGACGAAUGGUAAAAAACCCAAUGCGCCGUAUAUCUUCCCGGAAUAUGCUGUAAGUUAUAACUGAACGUACGAGGUACUAGUUUUCAUUCCAGAUCUUAGCCUUGGUACCUUCCAUUUCGAAAUUUGAGCUUCUUUACUUAAAUCUAAGGAAUCAACUCUGUCACUUGGCUUAUCAUAUCAAACUUUGGUCGCUAUAUUAUUCAUAUCCCUGUAUUGAGUGAUCCAUCGCAGAGUUAUACUAAUCAUAAUCAGCAUCACUGAAACAUUUCGUUGUAUUCAUGACAGAAACGAAUAUAACUGUAAUAAACAAGUAUAUAGUAA